AUGUCCGCUGCUGAUUUACUUUUAUCGACUAUCAAAGGCUUUGAAUAUUCAGAAUUGGAUUUUCAUGAAAUUGAUGAGAAACUGAAAAGCGAAAUUCCCAUCGAACUUGAAUAUCAAAUAAAUAAUGUUUUAUCUCUGACCAAGAAAACCAUAGAGAAAUUAAAAAUUUCCUUAAUUUUACCUAAAAUAUUGGAAAAUCCUAAGAUGUUACAGGAUUACGUAAAUCAUACAGAAUAUAACAGUUGUUUGAAAUUGUUACAAGACUAUAGAACUAGACAAAAAACUGUAUCUUUAUUGGAACCUAAACAAAAUGAUUAUUAUCUUUUAAAAAUCAUUGAUUAUUUCCAAGAAAAUUAUAAAAUUCUUGAGGCUUUACCCAACUGGUUAGAUGAUAUAGACAAUACGGAAAAAUGUUUAUUGAAAGCGUUUGAGGAUGUUUAUCAAGUGACCCAAGAAAGAUUUUAUAGACCUGCCAUGGCCGAUUUGGCCAAAGAAAAACGUUUGCAUGAAGUUUAUUUAGCUAAUGAGGAGGUUAAAAAGACUAUAAAAGAUAUCUCUCGUAAAAUUCAAAACAAAAAGUUAAAUCGUCUUUGGAAAACUGCCGCCAAAACUGGAGUCAUUAAGAAAUUAGAAGAUGAACUAGCAUUUCAUCAAUAUGAUAAUAAUUUAUUUGUUAAACAGGAAAUUUCGAAUAGUCAUCGGGAAAUACAACAAAUCAAUUUCACUUUCACAAACAAACAACAAGAACUUGAAGAAGAAUUGGAAAAAGUCCGUUUAACUUAUGAGCGUAAAUUAAAAGAUGAUUUGAUACAAGAAAGAAAUGUCCGAGAUGAAAGAAAUAAAUUACAGCUACAAUUACAGUCCUUGAUUACCAAAUAUGAUCAAACGAUUUACGACAAAUACAAAGAGGAACUACUCCUUCAAGAAGAGUAUGACAAAGAAAAACAAGAAUUUGAUAUUUUUCUUAUAGAAUAUAAGCGCGAGGAUGCCAUCUAUGAAGAAUUGGUCCGUAAAAAAGAACGGGAAUUUCAGCAAUUGCAUGAAGCUAAAAUUCUUCUUUUCACUCAUACGCGAGCUGCCAAAAAGUUACAACGUUGGUGGAAAAAAUAUUUGCGUGCCCAGAAACAAUUACAGAAGAAAGCGGCUAAAAGCAAGGGAAAAGCCAAAGAAAAAGAUGAGGGGGCUAACGGAAAACCAGCGGGAAAGAGUGACAACAAGGAAGCUAACAAAAAAACUGGUGGAAAAGGAAAGAUGAAAUAA